AUGCCCAUGCUGACCCUGUCCACCACUGAAAGCACCAACAGUGGGCACAUCCACGACUAUGUUUUUCAUGUGAACCGUGGUUUCCAACAUGAGGAGCAGCGGCCUCCUCCAUUUCCGCCUUCUUUUGGAAUAACUAUACCUCGGAUCCCUGUUCCCCAAAACCCACAGUUUCUAAAUCCCUCUCCACCAUACCCUUCAGAGAGAUGCUCUCCUCAGAGCCUCCAUCAGUAUGCUCCUCAAACAGCACCUGUUAAUACCUUCAACAUGACCACACCUGGACUCCAGAGUGAUGCUAUAGUUCACACAGCUUCCAACAGAAGAAAAUGGGCAUGGAUCAUUGGCACAGUCAUCAUCCUACUGGUCAUUGCUGGGAUCAUAGUUGGGGUACUUUGGUUUUUUGGUACGUCUGAGUGUUUGCAAGGGCGGCUCUGUAAAACUGAUAACACAUGCAUCCGCUAUUCACAGUGGUGUGACGGUGUGCUGGACUGUCAGUCGGGAGAAGAUGAAGCUCGUUGCUUUCGUCUGUAUGGAUCUAAUUUCCUUCUUCAGAUGUACACAAAUGUGAGCCAAAACUGGGAGUAUGUGUGUUCAGAUGAAUGGAAUGAUGACCUCGGAAAGCAAGCAUGUGAGGAGAUCGGAUACAAAAGGAACACGUAUGUUGGUUACAAUAUUUACUCUGGAUCACUGGACUACAUGCUGGUGGAGACAGAUUCUCUCAAUAUGUCCACAAGUUUCCUCAGUAAAAGUUCAGACUGUCCAUCAAACAAAUUCGUGGCACUCAGAUGUAUUGAAUGUGGACGGAGCAGCAGGAGCCGAAUCGUGGGUGGAAGCACGGUGAAUUCGAAGGGGGUGUGGCCAUGGCAGGUCAGCCUGCAAGCUUCUGGAUGGCAUUGUGGCGGGUCCAUCAUUACCCCAUACUGGAUCGUCACUGCAGCUCACUGUGUUCAUGAGAUUUCAAAUGCAAGGGACUUGACUGUGUAUGCUGGAUAUCUGACUCGUAGCGAGAUGCGGUCCGCCACCGGCAAUUCUGUAAGCCGAAUUGUCAAGCACGACUAUAACCCGAGAACCAGCGAUAAUGACAUUGCACUGAUGAAGCUAAAACGUCCACUCACGAUUACAUCGAACGUCAGGCCAGUGUGUUUGCCAAAUAAAGGCAUGUACUUCUCUGCUCCUCAAGAAUGUUACAUCACUGGAUGGGGUACACUGUCUGAAGGAGGAUCUUCCCCAGAAACCCUACAAGAAGCCAAAAUUCAGCUAAUCGACAGAACGAUCUGUAACAGCCCACAGGUGUAUAACGGACAAAUAACAGACACCAUGAUCUGUGCUGGCAAGCUGCAGGGUGGCGUGGACUCCUGUCAGGGGGACAGUGGGGGUCCUCUGGUCACAAAGGAGAAUUCUCUAUGGUGGCUGGUUGGGGACACUAGCUGGGGUGAAGGAUGUGCUCUCAGGAACAAGCCCGGAGUCUACGGGAAUGUGACCUACUUCCUUGACUGGAUAUAUGAACAAAUGCGGAAAUAUUAGAUUAUAUAUAUAUAUAUAUAUAUAUAUAUAUAUAUAUAUAUAUAUAUAUAUAUAUAUAUAUAUAUAAAGAAGUUUUGAGAAGAGCAACUGAUCCAAACCAAUGAAACUGACCGUGUCCAGGAGACUUUUUUUGUAUUCUUGUUUUUACUUAUUUUACUUUUUGUUUUCAUUCAAUUCAAUGUUUUCACAUAAAUCUAAAAGAACCAUUUAUUUAGUGCCAAUGAAGUGAAUGCUGAAUAUGCACUUUUCACAUUAUUUGAUGUAUGUUUUAUAUAAAGAACACAAUUGUACAAAUGUAAUACAUAAAAAUCUGUACCUGAUGAUGCUGUCCUACGUCACUGGAAAAAUUUCUUUCAUCUGGGUUUCUUUGCUAUUGCAACAAUUCAUAUUUACAUUCUUACUGUAUUUGACAAUAUAACAGGGUGUGAUAGGGCAAUACAACCACUCCCAUCAGCACUGUGGACUGACAGACUGUAUUGCAAAUGAGUUAUUUUAAUACAGAGCUUUAUGGAUAGCUGCACUUGUUUUUAACAACAUCAGAUGUAUAAGGGAAAGUAUAUAUCCUAGGUCCUCUGACUGCAUACAUUUCAACAUUUUUAAUCACUGUU